GAAAGAAUCAGAAAAAUGCUGAAAAGCGGGUGUUGCUCCUUAUCAUUAUCAUCGCCAAAAGGUCUUUGUGCUCUCCGCACUGCUGCUUCUUCCACUUCCCCUGCUCGUUCCUCUCUAAAACGGCGUUAUAGAUCCGUCCUGGGUGUCACGUCUCCAUCGAUACCGACGAGAUUACACGGAACUCUUGCAACGACUUGUACCAGGAUUACGAGGACUGGGAUACUUGGGACCACGGAUAGAAUAGGGAAGAGAACGAUGAGCUCUACAGCUGAAAUUCCGACUACGCCUGAAGCUCUCGAAGCUGAAAUCACGUCGCUGACUGCGACGUUCAACGACCUCCGGCUCAACCCCGACAAAGCCUCUUCCUCGGGCACUUCAAUCGACGAUGUCAAGAAACGGUUAGGGGAGUUGAAGAAGGCUUUGGCGUUGGCUAAGAAUGCGGGGAAGGAGAAGAAACCGAAGGACCCUAAUGCUGCUGCUGCUGCCCCUGCGCCCGGAGGUGCCCAGGCGCAGAAGAAGGAGAGGUUGCUGCUCAAAACCGCCAAGGGAACGAAAGAUUACAACCCAGCCGAGAUGUUCUGCCGCGACCACAUCGAGCGCAUCGUCAAGGAAUGCUUCACGACUUUUGGCGGCGCUUGCCUCGACACCCCCGUUUUCGAGCGCAAAGACGUCUUGACAGACAAGUACGGUGAAGACUCGAAGCUCAUUUUCGACUUGAAGGACCAGGGAGGAGAGGAAUUGGCGCUGCGAUACGACCAUACCGUCCCGCUCGCCCGGUACCUCGCCAUGCAGGGCGGGAAUAACACCCAGAGCAAGAUCUGGCAGAUUGGAAAAGUGUACCGCAGGGAUAACCCGGUUAUGUCUAAGGGACGGAUGAGGGAGUUUAUGCAGGCUGAUUUCGAUAUCACCGGAGUCUGGGACCCCAUGAUCCCCGACGCCGAAAUCCUCAGCAUGAUCAGCACCGCCCUGACCCGCCUCGACGUCGGCGAGUUCACCAUCAAGCUCAACCACCGCAAAAUCCUCGACGGGCUCUUCGCCGUCUGCGGCGUCCCGCCCGAGAAAAUCCGCUCCAUCUCCUCCGCCGUCGACAAACUCGACAAACUUCCCUGGUCCGAAGUCAAGCGCGAGAUGACGGAGGAGAAGGGGUUGGACGAGGCGAUUGCUGAUAGGAUUGGGGAGUAUGUCAAGCAUAAGGCGCAGGGUACCCUCGAGACGACUUCGCUGGAACUCCUGGAGUGGUUGAAGAAGGACGAGAAGUUGACGGGGAAUAAGAGUGCGAAGGAGGGGUUGGAGGAGGUGGAGUUGUUGUUCAGGUACUUGAAGGCGUACGGCGUGCUGCCCAGGGUCUCGUUCGAUCUAUCAUUGGCGAGGGGGUUGGAUUACUACACGGGCGUGAUCUACGAGGUCGUAGUGGCCGCUUCAGCGCCACCUGGUUUCAACCCCGCCGAUGCCUUUGCCGAGUCCUCUUCGUCGACGCCAGCACCAGCACCACCCAAGAAGAAGGCCAACGCAGUCUCAACGGGCAACGACGACGACCCCGAGAUCGACGAGUCCCAAGUCGGCGUGGGCUCCAUCGCUGCUGGAGGCCGCUACGACAACCUCGUAUCCUCAUUCGUCGCCGCUUCCGCUGGUAUCUCUCUCAACCCCACCAACGCGAAGGAAGCGAAAGAGGCGAAGAAGAUCCUCCAAGUUCCUUGUGUCGGAAUUAGUAUCGGUAUGGACAGGAUUUUCGCUUUGGUGUGGCCGAAAUGGGAGGCGAGGGGUGCAAGGGCGAAGGAGGUUAUGGUCUACGUUAUGAGUGCUGGUGAUGGCCUUUUGGAGGAGAGGAUUGGGUUGGUGAAGGAGUUGAGGGAGAGUGGUAUCAAGACCGAUUAUUUGGCGAAAUCGAAACCUAAACUCCCAGCCCAGUUCGCGGCUGGUGAGAAGGACUAUGUGCCGUUUGCGAUUAUCCUUGGAGGAGACGAGCUCAAGGAGGGGUUGGUUACUGUUAAGGAGCAGAAGUGGGAACUCCGGGACGGCAAGAAAGUCAAAGUGGAAGACGCGGACAAGGGUACAAAGGUCCGCCGGGACGAGUUGGUGGCGUAUUUGAAGAAUACGAACGUGUGGAAGGAUUGGGAGGCGAGGCGGUGGGAGUAG